UAUGUGCUUGGGUCUGAUCACCUGCACUGUGCGUAGAACAUUGUCUGACAGCUGAGUAAAGAUCACUGGGCUACUCACUAUCUGUCGUUAGGAUAAUGCAAGAUACUGUGUAACUCGAGUUAUCGCGAAGCUGGCUAGCAAACUACUGAUAUCGAGUAUCAAGACAAGGGCAAGCUAGUUCACAGGAAGGACGUCGAGAUCCGAAAUGGCUUUAAGAAGCGCCACUUUCCGUCUGCUCGCCAGCACCCAGAGAUGCGCGCUGAUCUCUGCUUCAAGAGCUCAGGGAACCGUUGCGUCUGCCAAGUGGGAGGCGGAGAAGGGGAGCGACAAGAAGACGGUGAAAGCGCCUGCCAAGGUUCAGUUUAACUGGCGGGACGCCCUGGAGCUGGAGGGUCAGCUGACGGAGGAGGAGGUGAUGAUCCGCGACUCGUUCCGCACCUACUGCCAGGAGAAGCUCAUGCCCCGCAUCCUGAUGGCCAACAGGCACGAGGUGUUUCACCGGGAGAUCGUGUCAGAGAUGGGAGAGCUGGGAGUCCUGGGCCCCACCAUCCAGGGGUACGGCUGUGCUGGCACGAGCUACGUGGCGUACGGGCUGAUCGCCAGGGAGGUGGAGAGAGUGGACAGUGGCUACCGCUCCGUCAUGAGUGUGCAGUCCUCCUUGGUCAUGCACCCCAUCAACGCGUACGGCACCGAGCAGCAGAAGGAGAAGUACCUGCCCAAGCUGGCUCGGGGGGAGAUCCUGGGCUGUUUCGGACUCACAGAACCGAACCACGGCAGUGACCCGGGCGGCAUGGAGACCCGAGCCAAGUUCAACCCGUCCAGCCGCACCUUCACCCUCACCGGCACCAAGACCUGGAUCACAAACUCCCCCGAGGCGGACAUCUGCGUGGUGUGGGCCAGGUGUGAGGACGGGCGGGUGCGGGGCUUCAUCCUGGAGCGCGGCAUGAAGGGCCUGACCACGCCCAAGAUCGAGGGCAAGUUCUCCCUGCGGGCCUCGGCCACGGGCAUGAUCGUCAUGGACGAGGUGGAGGUGCCGGAGGAGAACCUGCUGCCCAAAGUCUCCGGGCUGGCGGGUCCGUUCGGCUGUCUGAACAACGCCCGGUACGGCAUCGCGUGGGGGGCCCUGGGGGCUGCCGAGUUCUGCUUCCACGAGGCCCGGCAGUACACUCUGGACCGGAUCCAGUUCGGCGUCCCCCUGGCGAGGAACCAGCUGAUGCAGAAAAAGAUGGCCGACAUGCUGACUGACAUCACCAUCGGCCUGCAGGCCUGUCUGCAGCUGGGCCGCCUCAUGGACCACAAGAAAGCGGCCCCGGAGAUGAUCUCCAUGCUGAAGAGGAACAGCUGCGGCAAGGCGCUGGACAUCGCCCGGCAGGCCAGGGACAUGCUGGGCGGGAACGGCAUCUCAGACGAGUACCACAUCAUCCGCCACGUCAUGAACCUGGAGGCCGUCAACACCUACGAGGGUACACACGACAUCCACGCUCUCAUCCUGGGCAGAGCCAUCACGGGGCUUCAGUCCUUCACUGUGGAUAAGUAGACCUUCCCCCCGCUGUCCUCCCCUGCCCAGAGAGAGCAGGACUCACACCCUCCAUCCGCUCCGUCUGCUGGGGGAAGUGGCUCACUGUACACGGCUCUCUGGGACUGCUAACACGACGCCCGUGUCUGGACUGGGAAACGAGGGGCUGAGACUUUACCUCCCUUCUGAUGUCGCCAUGAUUGUAGAAUGUUAUCAAAUUCACUUCGUAGGGGUUUCUCAACAUAGGGGUUUCUUUUUUUUUUUUUUCAACAGUUAAACAUGUAGCCAGUGCAGCCUGUAAAACAUACCUUUCUAAAAAAAAACAAGGUUAUUUCCUGAAUUCAGUUCAUUAGGUUAUUUUGCGGAAUGAUAUUUGAUGAAUAUUUACUCUAACUUGCAGUAUUUUGAAAAUGGUAAAAUAGCCAAAAGGAAAAAAGGUCAAGAUGUUUCUGUUUAGCUGAAUUCACAAAUUUGUGAACAUUACUUCACAUUUUCACACUAGAAAACCCAGGGAAAGCAUAUGCUUGGACUUAAUUUAAACCUGUUGUAAGGUCUGUGUACACAGCUGGUCUCCAACCUUGGUCCUGGAGAGCUACUGGCUAUGCUGGUUUAUAUUUUCACUUUAAAAUCAGCACCCUGUCGAGACGCAGGUAACCAGGUGAGUUAACUGUGUAAACCACUGGCCUAAUUGAUUGAGGGCAGAGUAACAAUGGAAACCAGCACACCCUGUAGCUCUCCAGGACCAGGGUUUGGAGACUACUGAUGUACAGUUUGCUUGGAAUUCCCACCUAAAUUUUCCCUGGUCCAUUUUCAUACUUAAAAAAGAAAAAAAAAGAAAAAAAAAGAAAAAAAAUCUUCCCUUGAAUCUUCAACAAGAAGCGCAAGUUAAAAUAAAAAGUUAAAAAGACGGUUAGCAGGCUGGUAGCUCUUCCUCACGACAUGGUGCCCUUUAAGCUAAUCUGAUAUGAAGCAUUGUACAUUUGUAUGGUAAUGUGUUUAAUAUCGACAGUAUACAACUUUAAUCAUAUGGGGGGGAAAGUAUUGCUGACACGGAUGUAGCCGUCAAACUCAUAAAUUAGCAUGACGCAGUAAUUUGAAAGGAUAUUUUUGUAAUCGGUUUUCUCCUCGAUGUGGGGCUUUUUGGUGAAAAUAAUUAUUUUAAUAAAUGCUGUUUGCACUUUAGGAAUUUGGUCCUUGGUACCCUUUUCCAGCUAGCGCCCCAUGAACGUGGUAUGGAAGGCGAAUUUAUUUCAUAAAUAAAGCCUUUUUGCAGUUUCUCGGGAUUCUUACUGUAUGUAAUCUGCCCUUACGCCAUGUCACCCUGCUUUCAAGUGAAGUCGGAUCGUUCGUUUUCGUUAGUUUUCAGUUGGGUAAACAUCAUAACUGAGCCACCCCUCUCAUUCACGUUCACAUGCUUUCUGGUCGAAUAAUUAAUAAAAAGAGAUUUUGUGUGGCUCUGUAUUAGUUCCUGUCGGAUUGUUUAAAUUCUAGGCUAGCAAUCGGCUAGCUGAUUAUUGCAAGCAAUUUUAGGCUAUUUCUGGGGGUUAAGAAUGCAAAUACCACAGGAAAUUGAAUGCUGCAGUACAAUAGAUAUCACUUAAUGUCUGUUUAAAUGUGCAUCUGUGGUUCACUCAUAGCUUCAUCGUAUGACAUUUCUUUUGCUGACUCUGUUCGAUGGACCAUAUUGGCAGGAGUGAGUACGUCACAACUCGGCCAAUUCGUGCUGCAUCUAGAAUCCCGAUUUCCCCGACUUGAUCAUCCGACAUAAUCAGGUGUUCAGGUGUGUCUCUCCAGUGGGAAACUCGUAUGGACCGUUAUCCCACACCACUUGAAAGCAGGGUCAGUUCUUUAUGAACGAUGGGCAAUUAACUCUGUGCUGCAAUGAUAGGUUAAAAACUAUAACAGUCUGCAGCAGACUGGAACAGCCUGUAAUCCCAGUGCACUUAAUCUGGGAUUACAUGGUUGUUAUAUUUUUCCCAGUGAGGCAAAAAUAGCCCUUAUUAUUAUGAAUAGGUACAUACUUUGAGGGGAUUUGUUUACUUAAAAUUUUUCAUUUGGUCCUCAUUUUUAGAAGUGAGAGAUGAUUGAGUUUGGUGACCUGCACAUCAAAAUAAAAGUUCUGAGGUGCUGGGACACAGAGAAAAGUCUGGAAUUAAUCCCACACAGAAUAGACCCACACCCCAGCUUUACUGAAUCCGUCGUGUGAAGAGAUUAAGUGUGACACGGAUUAAUAACAAAUUGACACUAGAACACUGCAAUAAACUGCUGUUUUAUUAACAAUAAACAAAAGCUGUUAUUAA